AUGGCUCCUCAUUUAUUGGUUUAUGCUGGAACCUCGUAUGACAAAGAUCAGCUAGUCAAGGUCCCUGUGAACAAGGGUGACGAUGCUUCAUAUAUAGAACUCGAUUGUCCUCAUGCUGUAGAUGGCGUGGUCCGGUUGGCCAUCCGAAUCAAGAACUUUAAAGAUGUCAGAAGCUCGAAACACGAUCCGCCCGAACAGGAAGAAAUUGAAGAGGCUGUUGUGGUUGAAGAAGGGUCGGAAACUGACCCGAAGGCUUCUGUUAAGGACAUGUCUAGAUCGUCCAGUACAUCCAGUAAUGCCAGUAACUCCAGUAGAACGAGUACCAGUUCGCGAUUGAAAAACUAUUUGAAAAAGAAGAAAUCCAGAUCACCCUCACCUUCACCAGCUGAUUCUCCAUAUUUUGAACAAGAGAACCAUAAACAAGAUCAGCUGUCUAUCCAGUUCUCAAUACGGUUCGCCGACCCAGUGGCAGGUGAUAAUUUAUUAUUUGGAAACGACUUUGAUGAGCCAAUUAGAGAUAUCCUACCAUACGGAUUCUCGCUUGGAUAUAAAAUGUUCCAAUGGUACAUUGAUCCCAGUGUGGAAGGUGACCCUAUGGCCGACAAACCCUAUUUAUAUGGAAGAGCUCUGACCUCGAUUAAUGCAAUUCACGAAAACGAUUCUCCUGACAUCAAAUGGGAUGGCUAUGUCAAUGGCGACAAAUUUCUAAACCCCGGUUCUGCUCCUGAAAAAGUCAAGCAAAUGAGUUCAUCCGAACGCAUGACCUAUUUCCGUGAUAAGUCUCAUCGACAGUCUUUCGACUUUGUGGCCAAUAAUCUCUAUACAUUCGACUUCUUCACUCCAUAUCUUACACUGGGCGAUUCAUUUGGUGUCCAACUGCCAGGGUUCAAAUUCGAUGUUGGAAAAUAUUGCGGAGGCCAGCCUCUUCGCUACGUCCUCAAGAACCUUCUUGACGACUCUAUUUAUUUAGUUGUGGUGUUUUCUUUAGUUAACGAGUAA